AUGUCUGCAGACGCAGGAAGACUCGAUGUAGGGCGCACUGGUCUUCACCGUAUCUACAAAGCUGAGGUUGCAUCAUCAGGUAACGGGAAUCGGAUAUCUGGCAAGCAUGACAAAGGCAAGCAUGACAACUCGGUCGCGCCGUCGCAGCGCUACGUCAGGAGCUUGGAGCACAAGGUAGAAAAAAUGGAAGACCUUCUUCGCAAGAUCCUUCCUCCAAAAGCAGAUUUAACGGAGGAGCUUGAGGCCAUUCAGGCACUUCCAGAGGACGCCCCGAGCUUAUUAUCUGCCUGGGUACACUCGCUGAACCUUGAAGAACCCGAAAUAGAAGAUCGUGAUCACGCAAUGGAAAGAAACCUUGAUGAAUUCAAAGACUACAUCCUUGCUCAUAGGUAUCACGGGAAGUCAAGUUCUGUUCAAUUCGUCCAAGAAGCCUUGGAUACCAAAGCGGGGCAACCAGGAACGCUGUACAAUACAGUCACGAAUUUCACUUCUCUGCGAGCCGAGUUUUGGGAAAUCCGCCCAUGGAACAAUCCCCAUCGCUAUGUUCCGCAAGGGACGCACUUCAGAUUUCCACCCGGAGAUCUUAUUCCGACGCUCAUUGACUCAUACUUUAUGCAUUUUAAUACGUUUCUUCCCAUCCUCCACCGGCCGACGUUUGAUAAAUCCUUGAGGGAGGGGCUGCACUACAAAAAUUACCAGUUCGGGGGAGUCGUUCUGAUCGUCUGUGCGCUCGGUUCCAAAUACGUAGAUGAUCCUCGAGUCCUCAUGGAAGGUGAGCAGUCAAAAUGGUCGAAUGGGUGGAAGUGGGCCGCUCAGGUCACAAGUCGGAGUCGUGCGUUUCCUUCCUUGGCUCCUCCAGACUUGUAUUACACACAACUGUGCUGUCUUCUCUCUGAAUUUUACAUAUGUUCCUCAUCACCGCAGCAAUCCUGGACCAUAGUAGGCAUCGGUCUGCGGAUUGCGCAAGAUGCAGGAGCUCACCGAAAGAAGACAACACGUAACAGUCCUGUGAAAAAUACCGUGGAGGCCGAACUGUGGAAACGCGCAUUUUGGUGUCUUGUAUGUAUAGAUAGUUUCUUUAGCUCAGCAUUAGGUCGAGCGUGUGCUAUACGUGAUGAAGAUAUUGAUGUCGACCUACCUGCUGAAUGUGACGAUGAGUAUUGGGAACAUCUUGACCCCCAACAGGCCUUUAAGCAACCUCCCGGGAAACCGUCAAACGUGUCAUACUUCAAUUGUCUCCUACGACUGACACGGUUGAUUAUGAUAUGCAUGCGGACCAUCUACUUAACCCAUAAAUCGAAAGUUCUUUAUGUCCUCAAGAAAGACUGGGAACAGCAAAUAGUUGUCGAGCUUGACUCGGCGCUGGACAAAUGGGUAGACUCCAUUCCAGAGCAUCUACGAUGGGAUCCCGAUCGUGCUGACUCGUUGCAUUUCCAUCAGUCCGCAUUCCUUCUAUUGCUAUGCUACCAUCUUCAAAUGUUCAUUCAUCUGCCCUUUAUCACUGCCCCAAGCAGCGACUUUGAUUCCCCCUCCCUAUCCAUAUGUACGAGUGCCGCACGCUCGUGUUCUCACAUCACAGAGCUACAAAUUCAGAGGAAAGACGAUUAUUUUCCUUCUGUAUCCAGUGUGUUGUCCUUCCAUGCAGCAGUUGUUCUCCUGAUAAAUAUCUGGGGUGGACGGCGGACAGGGCAGGGCAUCAAUGUUGAUACAGAGAUGGAGGACGUGCAUAGGUGCAUGCGAGUACUUGCAAACGCAGAGAUACGGUAUCAAUUUGCUGGUGUACUAUGGGACAUUCUAUAUGAACUAGCGUCCGCUGGUGAUCUUCCGCUUCCCGAUUCUAGAGAGAAAGAUAUAGUCGAAUCCUUCAAACUUUCAGAGAAUGCCGACCAGAGGCCGUUCGCCGAUCCUCAACAAUCACUAUUCACCCUACCCAUAAAUAAUACCGACUUUGGACAAAUGCCUCUCCACGGACAGGUUGAUCUGUCAGAUCAUAUCUCUGAUUGGUACAACGCUAAUCCGUACAACUGGUCUGCGGCUCCCGCUACUGCCAGCCAAGUUGAUAAUGUCAUGAGGGCGAUAUGGGAUAGGGCACCCAGUGGAUUAGAACCAGAUUACUGGAGGGAUUAUGCGGAGUUUUCUGAGAGUCACCCUACGGGAAGGGAGUUUUAG